UGCUCACUGACAGUGACAAGUGCCAGCUGAGUGGCAACCAAACUAAAAAUUUGCUAUAAAAAACAUAAAAAUUCACGUGUAACAAGCUAAUUUGAAUGAAAAUACACAGUUAUUAAAUUUAUAACUAUGUCUAAAGUCAUAACUAGAGCCGAAGUGAAGAAAAACAGGCACAGGAACAACCUGUGGUUGAUAAUACAUGACGAUGUGUACGAUGUAACUAAAUUUUUAGAAGAGCACCCUGGAGGUGAGGACACCCUUCUGGAUGCUGCGGGGUCAGAUGCCACUCAAGCUUUUGAAGACGUAGGCCACAGUGAAGAUGCAAGAGAGCUGUUGCAACAGUACAAAAUUGGAACUCUGCCAGAUGGCGAGAAAUCAAAGAAAGCUGUCCCUGUCCAACUUUGUUGUAAACGACAACUCUGCCCAAGAAACCGUCAAUCAUGUAUUAUAGUUUGCGCGCCAAGUAACAGUUGCAUGAACGAACACAGGAUGGCCAAGAAAGAUCGCAAGGCAAAAAAUAGUACUCCAAGUGGAAAAAGUUCAUGUUCAGAUUGUCACUCUGCUUCAAGUUGUUCGGCAGUUAACAAACCACCUUCGAAAAAACUUGUAAAAAAUUGGCGAAAUUUCGAUGCUCCUGACGGCACAAGCCCUCUCACCGCCAAGAGUUCCAAGGGCACCCGCUUCGUGGUACCACCAGACAAAUGCGAUGAAACGCCCACAUCAACGUCAGCUGCCAAAAAAAUCGUUGCUGAUACUCCCGACAGCCCAGCUGUGCAAACUAAAAAGAAGAGUAAAAAAGGGUGUGAAAAAAAACGAAAGCGUGGUCUUCCCUGCGACCAAUGUGGUGGAAGCAAUUGGAAGUGGUACGCUCUUGCUGCGCUCAUAAUCGGCGCUAUAGCUGUUGGAGCCAUGGUGGCUAAGAAGAACUCGUAAACAUAUAGACGCGGUAACAGACGGGCAUUACCUACCGGACCGCGACCUUGGUUCGUCAGCAUCGUAGAGCAUACAACUGAGGGCCGCGAAGCACGUUCGACGUGUUGCCUCCCUGUCACACUUACUUACGAAUUUACAAGUGCAACACGUCGAACGUGGUUCGCAGUAGGCACUCCGAAGUAGCCUUAUAUGACGUAUUUGCGUACAAAAAUGUCUGCCGAAUUUUGCGGGGAGGUGAAGUAACACAUGCAAACGAUUACUCACACAUGAAAAAGAGAUCUGUGUCUAAACACAGAGAGAUACGCGCAUUUAAAUAAAAAUUAACAUAGGUAAUAUCAUUUUGACGCACACAAAGAUAUCACAUGACUUCAUAAAAUCUUUUGAGAGAGACGAGUAGAUUUUUUUCACAUUGUGCAAGGUUUAUGACAGAGGGGUAAGUUACUGAAAGGCUACUCCAUUACUGUAGGCUUAACGCACUUAACCAACCGGAGUCGCCUUUGAGAGCUUACCCCUCCGUCGAAAACCUCGGCCAAUGGUCAUACUCACGUCAUACUUAUUGUAUGGACUGACGUUUAUUUGACAUGGCAAAUAGACAUACAUUUGACGUGCCUCCCCCGCAAAAAUCGGCAAACUGUUUUAUACAGAAAAUUACAGACAAGGUGUUUCAAGUGAGUUAAAUGCUCUAAGACCGUAUGCGCUAAGGUUCUAAGCAUAUGUCUUUCUCAUUCUCACUUGUAGCUGCAUCCUUAACGGGCGUACGGCGGACCACGUUCCACUCGAUCGAACAGGCUUGACCGGACAAAGGUCGCGGUGCGGUAUGCCCGUCUGUUACAGCUAUAAGCUAGCACAAUUGUUUAUAUCGCCACAGGUGUAGUCGUCUCUUUUUCACAGAUAGUUGAUACUUUAACCCUUUACAGCGCAAAAAGUAGUUAGUUCAAGCCUUCUUGACGCUCGAUUGUCCUGAUUCUUGGUUAGGAAAAAAUGCAGUAAGAGGGUUAAGAAAAAUAAAUUUCUAACUUACAUUGCGAAUUAAAGGGUUAAUCGCAAUAAAAUAGGAAAUAAUAAGACAGAUCAAUUGUUUAUUUCUUAUAAAUUUUUAUACGUAAUUGAAAAUAUAAAAAAUAACCAGAUCAUAUCACAUAUAAUAAAUUUAACAUAGGGUUGUAUAAAAUUUAUAAUACAAAAAUAUGUUUUGUGUACCUGUUGGCUACGUGCUCUAGCAAAGGACUCGAAACCCAUUAUAUGUUUGAAGGAUUUAACAACUGGAGACGCGUUUUCUGUAAUGUUGUGUACGAAACAAUCUGCCGAUUUUUGCUUUUUGUACUUACGUAACGUACAAAUAGCUAUGUCAGAUAAACGUCAGUCCAUACAAUACAUACGACCAUUGGCCGAGGUUUUUGACAGAGGGGUAAGCUCUUAAAGACGACUUCGGUUGUUAAAUCCUCCAAGAUUAUAUGCGAUAUAAUCCGUUUAAAUCGUUAUAUUACAUAAAUAACUAUUGCUUGUGGCACAAAUACAAUACAAUACUUAGUUGCUAUAACUAAGUUUGUAAAUCUAUUGUGUAAAUUCAUUCUUGAGCACAUCAAACACAAACAGUCUCUCACACUACACGUUUUCCGUUCCUUUAAUAAUAAAAACCAGCUAGGAGCAUGUCGGCUCAGUGUAGAAAAUUGUCAGACCUGAAUGAGGGCUUUUUGUAGAUACUAUGGAAAUAAGCAAUAGUUAUUUGCUUUGCAAGAUGCAAAGUUGUUGUUUAACUCGUCGUACUAAAAUUGAUAUCUGAGCAAGCGAAAUAUUGAAAAAUUUACCCAAGAGUGUAGCGAGUGGUUCGAAAAGUGGAAUGAUGAGCUUUGCGAAGGUUUCAAGACACGAGAGUUAAACAAACUUUGUAACCGAGUGAAACAUAACAUUUUCACCACACCAACGCGAAGCAAAUACCUAAUAACUGGAAAUAAUUCUAUAUAAAAUGUUUUUAAACAUUAAACAACUCAAAAUUGACAUUAAAUUACCUUUGCCAGUCUUGUGGAUAAAAUGCACACUCAUCAUUUCUCAUCAGUUUUUGAAGAAUAAAAAGAGCCUUUACAAGCUGAUGUGGUGAAUAAUAGCAAUCUUAGCAGCACAUUUUCUUUUUAAUAAGAAGGAAUGGAUGACUUAAAAGAAUCAAAUAAAAUACUAACCAAUCAUGUGCUAAAAAGUUUUAAGUUUUUAGCAAGUUUUUUUCAUAUUUUUUUUUUAUAUCAAAAAACAUCAAUUGGGGUUGCUAGAUAACAUAACAUGAUAUAUUUGUGGCAUGAUACAAGUAGUUGUGUUGGCCCUAAUACACCAUUCCAGUAUCGUUUCGUCACAAUCAGUAAAUGAAAUGUACUUACUGUUUUAUGUUUUACACGAUUUAAUAGUGAAAUAGUAAUACAUAAUAUAAUCCGUGGCAUGCAAGUAAAAUCUGACCAGAACUUUAAAUGAUCAAACUAUAUCUGAAAUUAAAUAAAUACCUAUCUAUUCAAAUUUUAUAAGCCAAAAUAAUGAUAAAGGUUUAAUAGGUACUUUACUCAAGUGUGCCUGCGCAGGUGUGGCUAAGUUGGUUUUACUUAUGUGCCGCGGACUAUAAUAUACAGGGUGGGCAAAUAAGUAUACAUUUUGUUUUUACCCGACUGCCAAAGGGAGGAGGGUAAUGUUUUUUCGAGUGUAUGUAUGUAUGUUUGUUUCUUUGUGGCCUCCUGUAGACUAAACGGCUUGAUGGAUUUUGAUGUAUGAGGUAUCGUUAGAUUCGUCUUGAUCAUGGGAAUGUCAUAGGAUGUUGGGGGUAACUAAAAAGUUAUAAAUAAAAUAAAAAAUAUUAUAAAUAAACAAAAAACCCGACUGCACACUAAAAAAAAGGAAAACAAGCCCCACAAGAAUAUUGUUGUUGAUGGUAAGUAUCGCAGGCGGGGACCAACAACCAAAAUGACUAUAAGUAACCCUCUGUUGGUCCCCGCCUGCGAUACUUACCAUCAACAACAAUAUUCUUGUGGGGCUUGUUUUCCUCUUUUUUAGUGUGCAGUCGGGUUUUUUGUUUUUUUUUUUUUUUAUAAUCAUUUUUUUUUGUAAAUUUUAUAUAUAUUAAGUUCAAAGAUUUCACCAGCUUGUUAGAAUAGAUACGUUAUUUUAGAUAGCCCCACAGACAUAAGUCAGGAGCUGCAAAAUUUGGGGAAUUCGGGUGCCACUCACUGUCACAUUUUAUCGAAAUUAAUUGAGCUAACAACUUGUUUUAAACAACACAAACAUUUGAGAAAAAAUUGCUUGCUGCUAGAGGUAAACAUUUGGCAGAAUUUAUCUUCCGUAUACAAUUGCCUACCCUGAACAAUAUAUUUAUGAAAAUAUAUUUUGGUAUGAUCUGUACUUAAUAUAAUUAAAAAUUAAAAAUAAGGUGUAUCACUCUUAUUUGCUCACCCUGUACAUAUGUGAAUGUAUCCAUAAUACCUAUAUGUAGGUAUAGUGCAAUAAGAUUUUGGUCCAGUUUGUACUUUCUAUAUAACUAUUAUUUUACAAUUGAUUAUGUCCUCCAUUUUUUCCUUUUAUACUUUUAAGAUUGAAGUAAAAAAAUAAUGAAUAUUUAUUGCAUUUAAGCGAAAAUCGUUAAAUUUCUUUAUAUUUUGCUUUUUGUAUAAUUCCAUUUAUAUAGUGAUUUAUAUUAUUUAUUUAAAUCGAUACAUUUGGUUACUUUCUUUUCAAAUGUACAUUAUUGUAAUUUUUAGCUAUCACAACCAACUUUAAAGUUUAUUACAAUGAGAAAGCAUUUAUUUUAUACUACAUAUAUGUACCUACUUCCAGAUGUACCGUCGGAAAGUUUCCGAAAUGACUACUUAAUAUAAUACAGAAAUUUAUAAAAAUUUUGUUGAUAUAAAUGAAACGAAGUUGUCCAUUUAUAACUUGUUGGCAACUUUCCGCCAGUUGUAAACACAGUGUGUAAAUUCAAUGCGGGUGAUGGCUAGCAUAGGACCUAAAGAGAUAAAUUUUGCUCAGAAAUACUAUACAAAUUCAUUCAAUCAUAAAGAAACACAUACAAAGUUACGAGAUAGGUACAAGUUUUUUAAAGUGACUGUCAACGCUUGUUGGCAGUUACUAUAAAAAGCUCGUAUCUCGUAAUGUAAUGUCAUCUUAUGUCACGUAAUGUUAACAUCAAUGUAGAUAGGUACUGUAACCUGUCUACAUUGCUGCUCGGUAAAUUUUCAAAAAUUUAUAAAUCGCGUAGUCAUAACUAAAUAUGGCUUAAAAAAAAUCUUAAUUAAUGACUACACGGCUAAAUCUGGUUUAAUUUAUUACCCGUAUUGGAUUUAAACACUGUGUAAUUAUACUUAUAAUUACAAUACUUAUAAUUUAAAAUUAUAAAACCUCAGACUACUUAGUAGAAAUGUGAUGUAACUAGCUCGUCUGGAUGUGACAAUAAACUAAAUUCACGUGA